AGCACUGGGGUCGGUGAGCGGCGGGGCCGCGGGUUCGAGUCCCGGGCGGGGGGACGACGCUCCGUUCGGCGGCGGGAGGGGGCUGCCUGUGCAGGGCCGAGCACCCGCGGGGCGGCCGGGUGGGAGGGCCGUCGCCAUGUCGGUGUCACACAGCUCCAGGCUGAACAAGCUGGUGAGGGAGCAGUACAUGAGGCUGCCCCAGGAUGGGCUGGUGCAGGUCACCUAUGUCUGGAUCGAUGGCAGCGGUGAGGGUGUGCGCUGCAAGAGCAGGACUCUCGACAAGGAGCCCAAGAGCAUUGAAGAUGUCCCCGAGUGGAAUUUCGAUGGCUCCAGCACGGCGCAGGCGGAGGGCUCCAACAGCGACAUGUUCCUGGUGCCUGUCCGCAUGUUCAGGGACCCUUUUUGCCUGGACCCCAACAAGCUGGUGCUCUGCGAGGUGCUGAAGUACAACAGGAAACCCGCAGAGACCAACCUGAGACACACAUGCAAGAAAGUCAUGGACUUGGUCAAGGACAGCCACCCCUGGUUCGGGAUGGAGCAGGAGUACACGCUGCUGGGCAUCAACGGCCACCCUUACGGCUGGCCUGACAACGGCUUCCCCGGCCCACAGGGCCCCUAUUACUGCGGGGUUGGAGCAGAUAAGGUGUAUGGGCGCGAUAUCGUGGAGUCCCACUACAAGGCCUGUCUCUACGCGGGGGUGAAGAUCUGCGGCACCAAUGCAGAGGUGAUGCCCUCCCAGUGGGAAUUCCAGGUGGGCCCAUGCGAAGGCAUCGAGAUGGGGGAUCACCUCUGGAUGGCUCGGUUCAUCCUCCACCGUGUCUGCGAGGACUUUGGGGUUGUGGCUACUCUGGACCCCAAACCGAUGACUGGUAACUGGAACGGCGCCGGGUGUCACACCAACUACAGCACCGAGGAGAUGAGGAAAGAGGGGGGUCUGAAACACAUCGAAGCCGCCAUCGAGAAGCUGAGCAAGCGGCACGACUACCACAUCUGCGUCUAUGACCCGCGGGGCGGCAGGGACAACUCCCGGCGGCUCACCGGCCACCAUGAGACGUCCAACAUCUUCGAGUUCUCUGCCGGCGUGGCCAACCGAGGUGCCAGCAUCCGCAUCCCGCGCCAGGUCGGCCAAGACGGCUGCGGCUACUUUGAGGAUCGGCGGCCGGCGGCCAACUGUGACCCCUAUGCGGUCACUGAGGCCAUCAUGAGGACAACGGUGCUCAAUGAGACCGGGGUGGAGACCAAGGACUAUGCUGACCACUGAGGCUGCGGGGUGGGUGGAGGUUUUCAUUUCUACACUAGCUUCUCACGUGGGAUUUGUGCCCGUGCGGUGUCCUCGGCUGCAAGCUCAGACUCUUUAGGAACCUCGCUUCUGGUUUUGUGAAACGUCGCCUUAGAAAUAUAUAUAUUUUACAGUAAGAGGGAGGGGCCGAACCUAUUUUCUUAACCACGUUUUUUUUCCUGAUUCCUGUUUUUAGGUUGUAAGUCAGGAAAUGUUUGGUUUUUUUUAAACUUGGAUUGAAUUUUUUCCGAUGGACUUUACACUGUGAUGUACAUAGAUCCCUACGUGGAAGCUGCAGCUGCUGCUGUUUGCACCUGGGGAGGGCGGGUGCUUUUUUCCGUAUCUCUGUUGCAAGGAAAUGAUAAUAAAUAAUGUUCCUGGCUGGGCGGCAGCCGGGUUAUGUUGCA